UGGCAUGUCAAAGUCACGUGGUUCAUGUCUUAGUUUUGUCACGUCAUAGGGGGCUGCGUGCCGCUAGCAGCGGGUCAGGAAAGAUGGCUGCAGAGGAGAGCAGGUUGAAGCAGCGGCAUCACAAAAGCAACGUCUUCAGAGGAGGUGACGAUGGAUUCAAACUGGACAAGUCCCACCUAAGACACAAAGAGGAUGAGGAUGAUCUCCUAGAUGAGGAAGAGGAGGAGGAUGUGGGCAUAGCCCGGCCGCUGCAGAUUGUGGUGGCGGACGAGGAGGAGCACUCCUUCUCUCUGCAGGAGGCGGCGCUGGAGCAGCUGCUGCUGCAGAAGGAGGUGCAGGACCUCCACGUGGUCGUGGUCUCGGUGGCCGGAGCGUUCCGGAAGGGCAAGUCCUUCCUGCUGGACUUCAUGCUGCGCUACAUGUACAAAAAGUCGGAGAACUGGUGGAUCGGGGGGGAGAACGACCCCCUGACUGGCUUCACCUGGCGAGGCGGCUGUGAGAGGGAAACCACGGGCAUCCUGGCCUGGAGCGAGGUGUUCGUGGUGGAGAAACCAGACGGCCACAAGGUUGCAGUUUUACUAAUUGACACACAGGGGGCGUUUGACAGCCAGUCUACCAUCAAAGACUGUGCCACGCUGUUUGCCCUGAGCACCAUGACCAGCUCUGUUCAGGUGUACAACCUCUCCCAGAAUGUGCAAGAAGACGAUCUGCAGCACCUCCAGCUCUUCACCGAGUAUGGACGGCUCGCCAUGGAGGAAGUCUACGAGAAACCCUUCCAGACUCUGAUGUUUCUGAUCCGGGACUGGUGUUACCCCUACGAGCACCAGUACGGUCUGGAGGGAGGCCAGAGUUUCUUGGAGAAACGGCUGCAGGUGAAACAGAAUCAACACGAGGAGCUUCAAAAUGUCCGUAAACACAUCCACUCCUGCUUCUCCAACAUCAGCUGCUUCUUGCUCCCACAUCCGGGCCUCAAGGUGGCCACCAACCCUCACUUCGACGGCCGGCUCCGAGACAUUGAUGAGGAUUUUAAGACGGAGCUGCAGAAUCUCAUCCCGGCUCUGCUGUCUCCUGAGAACCUGGUGGAAAAGGAAAUCGGAGGAGUCAAAAUCACAUGCAGAGACUUGCUGCACUACUUCAAGGCCUACAUGAAGAUCUACCAGGGAGAGGAACUUCCUCACCCCAAGUCAAUGCUGCAGGCGACAGCUGAAGCCAAUAACCUUGCAGCUGUCGCAGGAGCCAAAGAUUUAUACAACAAAAGCAUGGAGCAGGUCUGUGGCGGAGACAAACCCUACAUCUCUCCAGCAGAGCUGGAGCGCCGACACGCCGAGUUGCGGCAAACAUCCGUGCGACAUUUCCGCUCCGUCAAAAAGAUGGGCGGCGAGGAUUUCUGCCGGCGCUACCAGGAGCAGCUGGAGGCGGAGCUCGACGAGUGCUACACCAACUUCACGAAGCACAACGACGGCAAAAACAUCUUCUUUGCCGCACGGACGCCGGCCAUGCUCUUCGCCGUCAUGUUCGUCAUGUACGUGGCGUCGCUGGUCACUGGCUUCGUGGGCAUCAGUUACGUGGCCGUGCUGUGUAACCUGGUGAUGGGCGUGGCUCUGACGGCCCUCUGCAUCUGGGCGUACGUCAAAUACUCCGGGAAGUUUCGAGACGUUGGAAGAGUCAUCGACAUCGUGGCUGAAACGCUCUGGGAACAGAGGACUCCACGAAAGGUUUUCUCCAAACUCUUCGAGGUGGCUCGGAGUCGAGUCCCGCUGGGCAGCCUGAUUCCGGUACCGCGCCCCCGCCUCGCCUCCAACAACAACGUCAAGAAGAAAAACUAGCGGAGCGCCGCCUCCGCUCCUCCCUCGUUUCCUCUUCACCUUCUGAUGAGUUUUGAAGCUCUCUGAGAGACGCGGUUCUCCUGUCGACUGUAGAUAUCGGCUCCUCGUCGGUCGGAGGGAGAAAACGGAUCCAGAUCCAGACGUAGCGCUUUGAUGUAACUUCAUCGUUUCUCACCGGUUCUGCUAUUUAUUAAAGAGACUUUAGUCUGCCACUGUCAUU